CUGAAGCAUAGGGUCCUUGCUGUACUGGAUACUGGUAAGGAGCAGCUUGCUGGUAGGCAUUAUAUGGAGGCUGCAUCUGCACUCCGGGUACAGCCUGUGGGUACGGAUUUGGGCUCACAUAGGGACUCUGAGCAGGAUAAGGAUAUUGAGCGGUGUAUGGUUGUGGCAUUGGCAUCACUUGUGCUGGGGUUGGGUUAUAGGUCUGCUGGGGAAGUAUCUGUACCUGAGAGCUGGAUGGAUAAGGUGUAAUCGUGGCCUGUGUGCCAGUUGGGUACGGUUGGACCUGAUACGGUUGUAAAGGUUGGGUCGUGAAUGAUUGCGGUUGUAGGGGUUGUAUCGAGGACUGGGUUGAGUAGGGGGUUUCAGGAGGCAGUGCAACACGAUACGGUGUUGGAGUUGACGAAGACGACGUGCUUUGAGCCUGUUGGAGUGCUGUCGGAGUGUAGCUGGGGUUAUUCUCGUAUAUUGGUGGUUUAUUCGUAGAACUGCUCUGCUCGAAAGGAUUCCAGGAUAUGGAAUUGGAUGGUGAUCGAUUCUGUGACAGUUCCGGGGUUCUGUCUAAAACGCCAGCGGGUUGUGAUGGCAGAGGGACGCCAGGCAUUGGGUUGUUCACGAUAGACGAUGACAAUCCUAUUUGAGGAGGGCCAGGAGUAGGAGUGAGGACGGUGAAAGGCGAUGGCACUGGGGCUGGUGUGGGUUUGGUUGUCAACGACGACGAAGCACCUGGUUUCCCUAAGCUCAAUCGUUGCAUAUCGGCCACGGGAAUAUAAGCACUGGAACUUGUUGCCUCAUCAUAAGAGGGGAUGGGAUCCAGAAGAGAACCUUGCGGAGGAGUGA